AUGGGACAGUUGUUGUUCGUGGAAAGCUUCAACAGCGCCUCUCAAAUAAGAAUGGAGCUGAUUGAUGGCGAUUUGUAUUCUGUUGGGAGUAUUACUUAUGGAUUCGCAAACAGUGUCAACAGUGAGUAUCUGAAAUUUUUUGACAUAGACCCAGGAACAGGCGUUAUCACAGCAAUUUCCGCUCUAGACAGGGAAAUUCACGACUACUAUGAAUUACCUGUGAUGGCUGUUGAUGCUGCUGGACAUACUGCCAAAGCAAAAGCAGUAAUCGAUGUGGUGGACGUGAAUGAUAAUGCACCAUUAUUUGAACAGAAUGCACUGCAUUUGCGAAUUGCUGAGGAUGAAGCACCGGGAAAGGAACUUCUUAAGCUAAAAGCAUACGGGGGCGAUGCUAACGAAACUAUUACUUACACGCUCCAAGCAUCUACUGAUAUCCUCAAGUAUCUGAAUAUUGACAGUGGAAGUGGUGAGUGGCAUUCCUGA